GUCCCUGAAUAUUAUACUUAGAGGAUUGUAAAUACUAUAAAAUUGUGUGACAAUGGAGUCUAAAUUAAUAUUCCUGUGUGUUUAUCUAAUAACAAUUUGGUCUGAAGUAAAUGCUGACUGCGGCAUUGUGAGCAAGAAAGAGUGGGACGGCCUGGAUCCAGUCCACGUUUCCUACCUUCCCCGGCCAAUCAACCUGGUCAUCAUACAGCAUACGGUCACCCCGACCUGCGACACUGAUAAAUCAUGCGCGGAAAUUGUGAGGAAUAUACAGAGUAACCAUAUGGAAGCUUUGAACUAUUGGGAUAUUGGACCUUCGUUUUUGGUGGGCGGCAAUGGCAAAGUUUACGAAGGCUCCGGUUGGAUUCAUGUCGGUGCGCACACGUACGGUUACAAUUCCAAGUCGAUUGGGGUUUCAUUCAUUGGAAACUUUAACAAUGACCAAGUAAAGCAGUCCAUGAUAGACGCAACGAAGGCUUUGCUUAAGUGUGGAGUGGAGAAUGGCCACCUGACUUCUGACUUCCAUGUGGUGGCUCACCGCCAGUUGGUGGCCUUGGAAAGCCCAGGGCGGAAACUGUACAACGUCAUCAGGUCCUGGCCGGAGUGGUUGGAAGACGUCAGCUCUAUCAAAAAUUGAGGAGUCCGGAAAACAGAUGAAAACAUGUUCACACAUGUUCAAACAUGCUUUCACAUCUAUUUACAAUGAGUUAAGGGGGUAGGAAUUUCACAUUUUCUCACAGACCACUCUCUACUCGUAAGCUAACAUGACUAUUGUUAUAUGUUCCUGACAAGAGCACUAUUAUUUUUGUACUUGCAUUUUGAACUACACUACACUACACGUGACAAAUGCAUUCGGAAACAUAAAAUAAUUGAACUGCACAUUCUCAACACAUGAUUUAACGGCGCUUAUAAUUGAAGUGAAAAUUAAAUUAACUGCCUAUCAAAUAUUUGG